AGGCCCUUGAGGAGAUGCAGAUUCCCCCCUACAAGGAGGAGGAACCAGAGCCAAGGCCAGAAGUGUCAAGUAGUGGAACUAGUGCGUCUGCAACAGCUGAAGAUGCUGUGUCUGCCACCAGUGCUGCAAGUCCAGCCAGCUGCUCAAGCAAGGACAGUGGGAUUAGCAGCAAGGCAGCCACAGACUGCUCGAGCAGUGAGGCAGGCAGCAGUAACAACAGCUCGAUGGUGAGUCCAUCAUCUGGCCCCUUGUCAUCACUCCCCACAUCAGCACAACCUCCUAGCCCCGGCAUGUCAACAUCCACACAGGCAACAACCCCAACAGCUUCGCCCACUGCUACCUCUGCAGGCAACGGUAGUGAUGGUGAGGAUGAGGGCAUUGCAGAUGCAGACAGUGGCGCAGGUUCUUCCAAUGUCAACAGUGACCAGAGUGCAAGCGAGGAUUCCUCCCUGACCAGUGACAGUGACAGAACUUUGGUUGGAGACCCACCUGAAGACAAAUUGUCCGACACAAGUAAUUCACCAGACUAUAGGAAUGUUUCCUCGCCAUCAUCCCCUGAGGACAACGGCAGAGAAACAAAGGAUGAUGACAAUGGUUGGGGUUUGCCUAUUUUCCAGGACACCGAUGUCGUUUGGGGGGAUGAGGACAAGGAGACGGAGGUUAAGCGCUACUUCAGAGCUGAGUACUUCACAGAAGACCAGACCAAUCAGAAAAUGUUGCGAGUGUUUGUGGAUAAGAGAAUAACAAUUGGUCAGCUCAAGAACGAAAUGCAGCCAUGGGUCGGCGUCUCACAAGAUCACUUUAAGCUUUUUAAGAUAUAUUCAAACAGGUAUGUGAGGUUUGGGUUCCAACCUUUCUUAAAAUAAUUGCAAUGUUGAAUA